GCUUCACACGCCCAGUAGGCGGCUCCACAGUGCUCAUUCACCUCCUUCCCCUUACAGUCCAGCUGAUACCGUGCGAAGACGGGCAGAUAAUGGCCAGCCAGGAGGACCCCGUGCAGAGGGAGAUCCAUCAGGACUGGGCCAACCGGGAGUACAUCGAGGUGAUCACCAGCAGCAUUAAGAAGAUCGCCGAUUUCCUCAACUCCUUCGAUAUGUCCUGUCGUUCACGGUUGGCAACCUUAAAUGAAAAGCUGACAGCCUUGGAAAGACGAAUCGAGUACAUAGAAGCAAGGGUCACCAAAGGCGAAACUCUUACAUAGAACUUAAGACGAUGCCGCAACGGCCGCAAUCCUCACACUGAAAUAUUUUAUAUAAAAUAUGUUGUGGACUCUUUUUGUCCCCACCUAGGCCUAAAAAAAAAUCUUUAACUUACUGUGGACUUCACUUUCAUUCCUUUACAAUGAGAAAGUACGUCAUGUUCUCAAGUAUUUGUAUUCUACGUUCUGCUUGUUCAUUCCUGAAUUCUAUCAUUUUGAUUUAUGAGCCGAAUUCCACUGUAUAGAGAGAAUGUAACCCACAGCUUUAUCUGUUCUGUACAAUAUUCUGCAGCUUUUUAUUAGUAAAACAGAAUUGACUUUUGGAACAUGAAAA